GUAGUCCUCGUCAGACGUCAGCUGACUGUGGCGGUGCUGAGUGGAAGUUGUCAGACACAGCCCGGGCGGGCGGCAUGGAGUUCUCCGCUCUGGAGACUGUGUGUGUGGGCUCCAGCUUAGCCCUGGCCGGGCUCUGCUACUACAUGUACCGGCAGCAGCAGGCGGCUGUGAGGAGGAUACAGACAGCUCCUAAACUCCAGGUGGGCGCAGACCUGAGGACCCUGCUGGACUCCUGCCAGGAGCUGAGCUAUGUGGUGCUGCAGGGAAGGGUUGAAGCCGCUGGUACGCCUCUGUGCAGCCAGAACCAUCCACAUCUCCUGGCUGUAAUUCAAAAGAACCAGAUGGUGGAGCAUCGUCUUUUCUGGAACAGCCUGACAAAUAGCUGGAGCGAGUAUGUGCGAGUACUUUACGAGAAUGUGAAGUCAGUCCCCUUCCAUUUGCGUCCUCUGGAGGAUGGAGAUGAAUCUGUACUUGUAUGUGAUCCAUUAAAUGCGACUGGUCUGACUUUGGAAACUGUUUAUGAGCGGUUUGAAUCUGCUUCUCUGAGCCUCCGGGAGCUUCUGGGACAUUACCUGAGUGGAGAAAAGCCCACUGGCUUCCUAGAGACGGAGGAGAUUCUUCCUGUGGGCGCAGUGCUGACUGGACUAGGAAAACUGGUCCUGAACAAAGAUGGGGUAAUAACUUUACAGCCCCCCCAAAGUGGAUGUCAGUAUUUCUUAUCCCAGGCGGGAUAUGAGGAUAUAUUACAUGAACAAGAAUCUAUAGCGUCCCUUUGGAGAGAAGGGACAUUAGUCUGUGGAGUUCUGGGCGCUUCGAUCUUCGGCUUUGCAUUGUAUCAGGCCUAUCAAAGACAUAAAGAAAAAAACAGAAGACAGGAGUUCUCCGAAGAAGUGCAGACAGAUAGUUACUUGCCUGAGGAUGAGACAUCUUCUGAAAGACUGUGUGUAAUCUGUGUUUCAAGACUACGGGAUUGUGUGAUACUGCCUUGUGGACAUGUAUGCUGCUGUUUUCUGUGUUACCGGGCUCUACCGAACCAGCUGUGCCCUAUUUGUAGAUGCCAUAUAGAAAGGGUAGUUCCUCUGCACUAGAAUAAAAUUAUAUGGCGUGUUUGCUGCCCCUACACAUUAGAUAGAAAUUGGUUGAUGAUUGAACAUCAGUUGAACAAUCAAUCAUCUGGUGAACGUUCCUUUCACAGACAUGGCCAUGCACAUUUGAGUCCAUAUUGGCUGUUGCCCAAAUUGCCUAUAAACGUUCAAUGAAGCCGGAGGAUAGACGUUCUUUCAAAGAAAGAUCUUUCGUCCGACUAUUGGAUAAAAAUAUUGAACACGGCAGACUUCUUUUCAAACUAUAAUGCUCUGUCAUUAGUCAGAUAAAAUGAUCAUUCAUUGUUAAAUUUCACCCAAUGAACUUUUUUUGGUUGAAAUAAUCCGUUUUGAUCAACUUUAGACUAAUGUGUAUGACCACCUUAAGAGCUGUUUUGCACAAGCAAGUCCAUUGCAGGAAUCACACUCCGUGUGUGAGCGUGAUCCUCCGUUUUGGACUUGCAGGAGCGCACGGCAUUAUCAUGAUUUAUAAUGCUGUGUGUCUCUGCUUGACUGUACAGAUACAGAAUCAUAGUGACAUAAAGCUGUCAGUAUGCCCCUGUAGAAGUAAAGUCAAGCAGAGACGCACAUAACAUUCUAAAUCAUGAUAAUGCUGCAAGUCCAGAACGGAGGAUCACGCUCUGUGCUAUGGACUCGAUCACGUGAAACAGCCCUAAUGGUAUGACCACAUGGUCAGGUUUCUGGGUGCAGUUUUGAAAGCUAAAAUCAGGAGUGAAAUUAAAAAAAGAGACGUAAUAUCUGUCCUUUAUACAUUCUCAACUUUUAUGAUCCAGUAUUGAUUUUGGCUUCCAAAACUGCAUCUACAAACCUGGCCGUGUGGUCAUACCCUGAAAAGGCGAGCUAAUUUGUUUCUGAACAAAGAGGCACCAUGACACUCAUUCUCAAUAUGAUCAAAUGUGUCCAUUGCCUGAUCGUUAAUAAAUCUUAUUUCAUGGGAACUACAGAAAUGUUUCACAUGGAACUAUAGUUGUAUAUCGCUUCAUAUAAGGACUAGACCUCAAAACAUUGUAUUGGUUUUUAGGUUUUCUGGAACUUGAAUAUUGAUGAUCUGUCUUUAGCAUAGGUCAUCAGUAUCAGACUCCAGCACCCAUACCGAUCAGCCGAUAGAAGGAGCCUCGGCAGCACAUCUUUGUUCAGAAGCUAUUGAGAAGGAGCUAGGAUGAUAGAAAUGUCUGCUGGGGCUGCAGCUGCUGUGCUGGUCCAAUCGACUAAUUACAAAUGCACUGUUUAGUUGGUCUGCAUUGUUAAUGGCGUUACGAUAUUGCAGAGGCCGCGUGGCCAUUAACAGUGCAGACAGACUAAACAGUGCGGUUGAUUAGCUACUUGGAGCUCACUGUGAUUUGUACAGCCACAUGGUACUUGUCCGUACCUCGACCACAUCCAAAGGCUACAUGCACACGACUGUUGUGUGUUUUGCGGUCUGCAAAUUGCGGGUCCGCAAAACACGGAUGAUGUCCGUGUGCGUUCUGCCAUUUGCGGAACGGCACGGACAGCCAUUGAUA